AUGGGUCGUAGAUUUUUUGUAGGUGGUAACUUCAAAAUGAAUGGAACACAAACCUUUCUUAAAAAUCUGAUUGACAAUUUAAAUGCUGGUCAAUUAGAUGAUAACGUUGAAGUGGUAAUCGCGCCACCUGCAUUAUAUCUCGAUCAGUGUCGCAAACAAGUUCGUAAAGAAAUCGGUGUUGCAGCACAGAAUGCUUUUAACGCUACUAGUGGUGCUUAUACUGGGGAGAUCAGCCCUGAACAAUUAAAGGACCUAAGUAUCGAGUGGGUCAUUCUCGGACAUUCAGAGCGUCGCGAGAUUUUUAAAGAAUCUGAUGAUUUUGUUGCAUCAAAGGUAGCAUUUGCCUUAAAAUCUGGUCUAAAAGUGAUCGCUUGUAUUGGAGAAAAACUAGAUGAACGGGAAGCUGGUAGAACAUUUGAAGUUGUAACUCGACAACUUCAAUCAAUCGCCAAGGUGGUUAACGAUUGGACGAAUGUCGUAAUCGCAUAUGAACCAGUUUGGGCGAUUGGUACGGGAAAAGUAGCAACUCCUCUGCAAGCUCAAGAAGUUCAUGAGUUUAUUCGAAAAUGGUUAAAGGAAAAUACGUCAGAAGCUACAGCCGAAAAUAUACGUAUUAUUUAUGGAGGUUCCGUAAAUGCUUCUAAUGCCGCAGAGCUUGCAAAACAAGCAGAUGUCGAUGGAUUCCUCGUGGGAGGUGCAUCUUUGAAGCCAGAGUUCGUUACUAUUGUGAAUGCUCGUAUUUAA